AUGUCGAUUCCACAUUCAGAAAGCACCGCUGCGUCUGAGGACAGCCAUGAAAAGCCACUACGAGUGGUCAUCAUUGGUGGAGGCAUCGGCGGGCUCGCCUUAGCACAGCUCCUUCGAGGCGACGAUAAAUUCCAGGUAACCCUUUACGAGCGAGGGGAGUUGGAGGGAGGUCAAAGUCAGCUGGCUGGCUUUCGAAUCAUGGUCGCAUUGGAAAUGCUGACAGCCCUGAGGGAUCGUUUACCCAAAGAUGUUCUGCCCUUGCUGGAAGAGUCAAUUGGAGUGCAACCUUCUAGUGGCCAGAGCCUCUGCAUGUUCAACGAGAAGGGCAAGAUCACGAUGAAAUAUACCACUCCCGAUUUCAGGGCUGCUCGUUCUGUUUCGCGCUGGAAGCUGCGGAAAGCGCUACUCGUCGGAUCUGAGUCCUUUGUCAAGUUUGGGAAAGAAUUCGAGUCAUAUAAGAGCACCACCAACGGCGUUACUGUGAUCUUUAAAGACGGGGAAAGAGUUGAAUGUGAUCUGCUAGUUGGAGCCGAUGGCGCUGGAUCCAAGGUAAGAAAACAGUUGCUUCCAAAGGCAUCGAGGAGUGAUACCAAAGUCACCGUCAUCUAUUUCAAGAUGCCACUCACGCCGGAGACGGAAUGUAUGAUGCCAUACGGAUCAGGAUGCUUGAUUAUGGCCCCUCGGCGCUCCAUGAUUGUUUCGUCGUGGAAAAACCCAAAAAAACACUACGGUCCUGAUGACCUCAAGAAGAUCGACGGCGAUGAGUCAUUUCUUAUGUGCGGCCUUGGUUGCUAUACCAAUGAGUUCGUGAACCAAACCAAACACCCAGAUGAUAUGACUCCCGAAGAGCUGAAAGAUGAGUGUCUGGCGCGGACUCAGCACUGGCAUCCCUUGUUUCGAUCACUCAUAGCCAAAACAAUCCCAGAAUCCGUUUUCGUUUCGCACAUCAAGACCCAAGACAGGAUUUCUCCUUGGAAGUCGUCAAAUGUUACUCUUCUUGGUGAUGCUGCUCAUAGCACGGCUAGCAUGACCCCUUACCUUGGAAAGGGGGCAACAUCGGCACUAUUCGACGCACUCCAGCUCGCAAACAUUUUGAAAUCAGAUAGCAACCCGCCGCUCUCGGCCAAGCUCGCCAGAUACGAAGGAAAUAUGCUCAAGCAGGGCUUCUCAGUCGCAGAUAAGAGUAUGAGUGUCCACAAACUCGUCUUUAAUAUGGGCAAAAAUCGGAUGAUGGCCAAGUGCCGAGACCGCUUUCUGUCAUCGUUGGAUGUAGUGGUGGGUGAGAAGGAGCCAAAGGGAAAGCCAUUUCCAGGCAAGUAA